AUGAAUAGACCACCUCAAGGUCAUGGUCAGCCACGGCUGGGUGCUACCUGGUAUCCAGGGGGCCAGGACGAUUUCUACAUGCCAGAAGUCAUAUCCCCCUCUCCUCAAAGGGUCAUGCCAGAAGUCCCGGAGAACAUGCAGGACAAUAUCGCUCACCUCGAGCACGAGGCCCGAAACCCCCACCACAAUCAGUAUGACCGUUCGCGUUUCCCCGAGCGAACUUCUUCCUCUGUCUCGCAUGGACAAUCUUCCCCAACCGCCUACGAGUCCGCUCAUUACGAGCAAUCCGUCGCCCACGACACGAUGGACGCCCCGAACUUUUCGCCGUUUCCUGUCCUGCGCAAUCCCCCGCCUAACGUUCCCCCUACCGAUGAGCAGCGGGAAGUUAACCUGGAGAGGGCCCGAAUGGCCGUGUUGUCAUCGAACGAUCCCGAUAUGCAAUUAGCUUGGGCUCAGGAUGCCCUCGCCUACGUUGAGGUUGCUAUGCAAAACGAAACUCGUCUAUCUUUGAUCCAGCCCCCGCGCCCUCAGACACCUCAAGUGGAGCGGCAGUUGAAACUCGACGCGAUGAACAUCGUAAACUUCCUAGCCGAGCAAUACCACCCCAAGGCCGAGUUCAUCAAGGGAAUGUGGCUGGAAUUUGGCAAAUUCGGGUACCGCGUGGACAAGAAAGAGGCUUUUCGGGCCUAUUCGAGAGCUGCGGAGAAAGGAUACGCUCGAGCUGAGUAUCGCAUUGGUAUGCAGUUCGAGAGCUCGGGUGAGCCGGAGAAGGCUAUCAAGCACUACGAGAAGGGUGUUGCCCUUGCCGACUCGGCGUCUUUCUAUCGCCUGGGAAUGAUGAUUCUUCUUGGACAGCAUGGACAGCGCCAAGACUACCAAAUGGGACUUAACUAUAUCAGCCUUGCUGCGCAAUCAUGCGAUGAAAAUGCACCUCAGGGAGCUUACGUUUACGGUAUGCUCCUGGCUCGAGAGCUACCGCAAGUGAAUGUCCCCGAGAACUAUUUACCGCUGGACUUGAACGCAUCUCGCGUGAAUAUCGAGAAAGCCGCCUACCAUGGGUUCGCCAAGGCUCAAGUCAAGAUGGGUGCCGCAUAUGAACUCUGCCAACUUGGCUGUGACUUCAACCCCGCAUUGUCCUUGCAUUAUAAUGCGUUAGCUGCACGCCAAGGUGAACCGGAAGCAGAGAUGGCUAUCAGUAAAUGGUUUCUCUGCGGUCAUGAGGGCGUCUUUGAAAAGAACGACGAACUGGCGUUCAUUUACGCUCAGCGUGCGGCUCAAAGUGGGUUCCCAACGGCCGAAUUCGCCUUGGGAUACUUCUACGAAGUCGGUAUCUUCGUUCCGGUGGAUAUCAAAGAAGCCAGGAGCUGGUAUGCCAAGGCUGCAGCGAACGGAAACAAAGACGCGACCGGUCGGAUUGAUAGCAUCUCCCGCUCCAAGACCCUAUCUAGGAAGGAUCACGAACAAGUUGCGAUUGCCCGGAUCAAGUCACGCUAUGGAUCUCACCAACGAGGGAGCGCGAUGAAGCCCACUCCGGAGAAUCUCGAAAUGCCUGACCCGUCCAGGAUGACUCUGUCAGACAACCCAAAUCCCGCGGCUCCUUACCCUGACAGACCGGCAUCUCGUGCUCGACCUGUGUAUCCGCCAGGAUACUCUAUGCCCGCGGAUCCUCGGCCAAGCUCGGCAUUUGGAAUUAACCCCAACAUUCGUUCGAACGCGCCCAAUUACAACCGCGCUGCAUCGUAUGGGCCCAGUGCAAUGGGUUACCGCUCACCAGCUCCAAGCACGCCGUCCACCACCAGCCCGUCAAGCCCGGCGUCCGCCGCACCUAAACUCGAUAUUGGCUACUCAGCACCACUUGAGAAUCCUCAUCCCGAUGCUCGGAGACGUCCCCAACGACUGGACAAUAUGCCUCCAGACAGGCGACCUGUGCGAGGUCCCGUUUCCCCCCCCUCACAAGGGGGUCCGACGGGUUCCCCGCGGCCGCCGGCCUCGCCUUCCACGUCCUUUCCUCCACGCACUGAAUCUAUGCCGCCACCAAGUGCUUCAUCCACUCCCAGGCCCCCGUCAUCAGCUUCCACACCUAAACCCCCUCCCUCCGCUACGACGUCCAAGGUUCCCCCUGCGGCGCCAAGCACAGCCAGCCAAAAGCCUGCAGCGCCUGCCUCGAAAACGCAUGGUAACCUACCGGGCAAGGGCCCCAAGACGUUUGAGGAAAUGGGGGUUCCGACUGUCCAAAAGGACAGCGACUGCAUUGUCAUGUGA